AUGGAUUCAGAAAGGUGGAAUAUCAACCCUUCUGAUAUAUUGAAAAAUGUAGAUAAUAGAAAUAAAUUAUAUGAUGGAGAAAAUCAUUUCAACAAACAAUUGGAGUAUUCAGCGAUCGACGAUAUUUCAAAUAAAAAUGACGGAUUUGACUACGGAUUAGAUCUAAAUUAUGAUGAAAUGGACAAAUUGUUGACUCAAGAAUUGAAUGGUUUGGAUAUCCCAAUGAUUCCUGAUACUGAUGAGAAUAAAUCAAAUAAGAAAGACAAUUUUGGUUUAGGAGAUUUUGAUUGGAAUCAAUUACAGUUAAAUUUCGGAACUGUUAAUAUUGAGACUGGCAGUAAUUCAAACGAUCUGAUUACAAAUAAUAAACAUAAAAGAGGUCAAAGCGGAACUGCUAUCUUUGGUUUUGCUAAUCAUAACAAAACCUUAAGUAUAUCCAGUAUCAAAAAAAAUUAUACUCCAAGAAACGACAUUAACGAAAAUGAAUACCCAAAAGACUUUAAUGAACUAGAAUACAGCUAUCCGGCCUCUAAAAACAAUGGAAGUAACGAUGAAGAAUCAACUCAAUUAGGGAAAACUUUGUUGAAACAGCAAGAAGAACUUCGUAUGGCUCUGGAAAAACAAAAGGAAAUGAACAUGAAAUUGGAGCAACAAUUAUUAGAAAAUCGCUUACAACAAGAACAUCUUCAGAAUGCCUUGUUGAAACAAGAAGUUGUUACAAACCAAUUGGUUACUGAAACAAAAGUGAGUACACCUUUCAAAAAUACACCUUCACCCCAAAAGAUGUCACCACAACGACAUGAUAUAAUUAUAACCUCCAAUUCAAAAUCUGGCAGUUACCAAUUUCCACCACAAUCAAUGAUUUCACCUCCAAUGUCAAAUGCAUCCUUCAAUGGAUCUCCUUCUAGAAAAUCCAAAUAUAAACCUUCUGAAAAUGGAUCUGGUAAUCAUUUCUUAAGUGAACACAAUAACCUAUUAAAUAGUGGCUACCAUCAAGAUUAUUUGAAACCGCCAAUUAAUACAAUUAGUUUGAAUACACCUAAUUUACUUACAAAUAGUGGGAAAGGUUAUUACGGUUCUUCUAGAUUUUCAUCGCCAUCACAUAGGAAAAAAGAUUCAACGAUUUCCACAGUUUCCACCAUUCUGCAACACCAUGAUGAUGAUGUGAGUGACUCAGAUUAUCAUGAGACUGUUGGUUUGGGAAUACAAUUAAUGUCAGGAAACAAGCCAAAGGAUUCUAAAUCUGUCAUUUCAAAUUCGUUACAAGUGGACAAAAUGCCAACAAUCCCAGGUUCAACAAGUAAUACACCGAUAGGCAAAAAUAUAUUUCCUCAAAAGCAGACAUUUCAUCAUACCCCAACUAAGGCCAAUAUUGAUUUGAAAAAUGAUAGAUCCGAUAAUAUAUUUAAUGAUUCUUCUUCAGUAUCAUACUUAAAUCCACCUAUACUUUCAUUGAACAAUGAAAGGACGCCUAAUAGACGAAAUAGCGAUCAUAGUAUUGAAUUUCCAGAACCUGAUAGUAGCUAUUAUGGUAACAUACCAAGGCCAGAAAAUCAUUUUAAAUUUGUGGAAACACCAUCUCCUGUAUUAAAGUUCUUUGAUGAUAAAUCCCCUCAGCAUGAAUCGAAUGAUAAUCAGAAUAGUCAGAAUAGCAGUCCGACUAAAAUCACUCGAAAAUUGACCACAUUACCUCGUGGGACCAUUGAUAUAUAUGUCAAAGAAUUAUCAGAACGGGCAUAUGAGUGUUUGUAUCCUAACUGUCACAAGAUAUUCAAAAGACGUUAUAAUAUUAGAUCACAUAUUCAAACGCAUUUGAAAGAUAGACCCUAUAUAUGUGAUUUCCAAGAGUGCAAUAAAUCGUUUGUGAGGAAUCAUGAUUUAGUAAGGCAUAAGAAAUCUCACUCAAAAAGGAAAUUAAUAUGUGUGUGUGGUAAAAAGUUCAAUAAGGAAGAAACAUACCUCGCUCAUAAAUCUAAGAAGAAUUGCAAUGGGCAAUAUAAACAGGAUAAAGCUAUUGUUAAAAAAUCUCCAGUAAAAGGUCCUGGUAGUGUUAACAGUAGUCCUGUAAGGGAUAGUAUAAAAAAGGAUUCUACUGGUUAUGUAACAUAUAAAAUGGAAGAACAAUUAAGAAAUGAGAUGACGAAGCAUGGGUUACUACAGCUGCCACAUAAUAUGGCGAUGAAUGGUCCUCAUAUCAUGUUAUCUCCAUCCCUAUCCUCUGGGGCAAGUGAUCUGGGAUCACCAUUGGGAGGAAGGUUAGAGCUUUCAUAA